UUUUGUUUUGCAAAAAUUAGGGUUAGGGUUUAUCGCGCGAUGCCUGCGAAGGCGAAGGCGAAGGCCGUGGCAUCGGAUUCGGACGAGGAUUCCUGGGACGAUGAGGAGGCGGGAUUCGGGCAAGAGACGCAGCAUUUGCUCCAGGAGCAAAGCUCUGAUGGCCCGGAUGAAGUGGAAACCUUUUCGAAAUCGGAUGGAAGGCUCCGGUUGAGGCCAGAUAUAUCACUUGAAGGGAAGGAGUAUUCCGGUCGCAAGAGCAGCAGAAAGGAUGCUUUUGAUGGGAUCAGUGACGACGAUUUUCACGAUCGGGAUGAUCUACAACCAGCUUUCAGUGAGGAGGAGGACGACGACGAAAAACAAGUAGAAAAGAACGUUCUUGAUGACGAUUUUGAAGCCGUCAACAAGGAAUACGAAGAUCUUAAUAAAGAAGAACAAGAGAUGUUGAAGAGCUUGAGAGGACAGAAUGAUGUGGAUAUACGGAAAGGCCGAGCAGUGAAAAACCAGAUGGAAUUGUGGGGCAGCGCUUUGCAUAUGCGAAUUGCGUUGCAGAAGAUAGUUGCAGGAUCCAAUCUGCUACCACAGGAGGAAGCGUCGAGCCCAAGCGAAGCACAACAAACGCUGAAAGCGGCGGCCUUGCAGACCCUUGAUUCGCUUCUGGAUCUAGAAAACGCAUUGCUGGAACAAAACCGGGAGGCACUCGAUGCUUACAGAAAAGAUUCGGACGUGGAACAGGAAAUCCAUAGCGUCUCAGAUAGCCUGGACUCAGCUUGGCAAAGAUUAAGCAACUCGUAUUCAAGGCUUAUUCCGUAUAGAGAUCGUACGGUCGAUAGAUGGCACAGAAAGACUCAAAUAUCUUCAGGCGCUGCGGCAUCGCGAUCGAAGUUAAAAGCUUUCAACCAGAGUAUUUCACAACAAGUAGCAGCAGCAAUGAAGGACACGCCGCGGUUCAUAGCAAGAAUGAUGCGCUCCGAACCUUCGAAAACACAGACGGACACAAACGAUAUGGAAACAAAGACUAAUGAAAUUAAGGUGCUUGAUGAUUCCGAGUUCUAUCAGCAGCUUUUACGUGAAUUUCUCGAGUCUUCAAAUCCCACUGGCCUCGACCAUGACGCAGUUCGAAAGCUCCGGAGCAAGAAAAGGAAAAACGUAGAUCGUCGCGCUUCUAAAGGCCGAAAGAUAAGAUACACUGUCCAUGAGCCACUGGUAAAUUUCAUGGUUCCUGAACCGAUGGUACUACCACCUAUGGCUACAAAACUAUUCACCAGCCUGUUUGGAAGUAAACCUGCGACUUCUGCCGUGAAUCUGGAAGCAGCAGCGUGAUGUUAUGGGAGAACAAGGAAAAAAAAUUAGAACUGAGUCAGGACGAUGCAACGCUCGCCCUCGCCAAUUUCAAGCUGAUCGGCUUCUUCAGCACAGCGACAUCAAUCCCGCUCCAGAUGGUCUUUGACGUUGGCAAGCUCGCGAGCUUCUCAACUAGAGGAAGGUCGUCUGGAAGAACGUUGGCAAAAACUGUGUGUUUCGGGUACCAAUCGUCAUGGUUUGCGAGGCUGAUGAAAAAAUCGGGGCCUCCUUCGAUCCAUCCUACCAUACCCCUGCGGAUCAUCGGACAAGCUUCUCUGGGGAGUUCCUUGAAGCCGAGGCCCUCGGCCUCUAGAGUGCCUUGUAAAAUAGCAUGAGGAGGUCCUCUCAAGUUCUAAGAAAGAAAACAAGAAAACAUGAGAAACAUAGAGCAUAAAUUUGAAAAGAAUGUGCAACUCUUACCUUU